UAAACAUAGAAUUAUGGAUCAAAAUAUUAUAAUAAGUGAACCUAGGAUUUCAAAACAAGUUUAUAUAAUGCUAAUGUUGAACAUAAUCGGUGUUAUUGCGACUAUAAUUUUCAUAAUUAUUCUGAUAUUGUGGGCACUUGGUAUAAUUCUGGUGGAACCCGACACAUCGCCAGUUAUAAGAAAUUAUAUAAUCAACUUCAACAACAAGCCAAAUGUAUCCUCCAUCAUAAAUCGUGCGGAAAUCAUGGAUAGGUUCUGGGACUUAGCGGAUAUUCAACAAUAUCCCUUCGAAGAUAUUACUAGGGGUGUUGGAUUUUAUUAAAUAAAAAACCUCUUCAACCUAGACUUGUAACUUUAUUUAACUUCAAAUGAAAAUAUAAUACAAUGUAUGGAAUAUCAACUGGCCGUCCUAUCUAGAUAUUAGAAUCCCUUAAACCAUUCCUUUACACUAAUAAGGCUACCCUUAAACGCUACAACCUUUUGUAAAUAUAAAAUGGCUAUACGCAAAUUAUUCGUUUAAUUAUUGCUUCAUUUUCCCGCCUUUGCGAUAUAGGACGUAAUACAAUUCCUGAAUGCCUAACGCUACGCAAAAAUUAUACAGAGUUAUACGAAAUUUUUAAAA